GCUCACAUUCCUUGUAAGGUGUGGUUGUCGCCUUGCGUCGCCGGCUCACGGCAGGUGGUGGUGGUCGAUUUCAAUCACAGUGUCACGCAGUCGUCAGCCAUUGUAGCAGAGCAAGUUUCUGUAUAUAUGUAUCAGUCAGUAAGCUCUUACUAUGACUGACAGUGUUUGAAGCUGCAGACUUUCAGCAUGAUCUGCUUCUAGGCUUCAACAUCCCCCUGUGGUCGUAUAUUUGCUUGUCUUCGUUCCCCUCUCUGGACAAUGGGUGAUGCCAACAAUGGCUCAACUACAUUGACGUAUGACUAUAGACGCUCGUUGCGAUCUGAAGACAUACUCACCCAGACGGUAUGUCUUACUGUCAGCACGUGUUGUGUUGGGAUGCGCCUGUAUUCGAAGAUCUCCAUCACACGCGCUCCAGGAUGGGAGGAUUUGACUUGUUUCCUGGCUUGGCUUGGCCUGAUAGGAUAUGCCGCCAUUACUCUCGAGACAGACCGACAUGGUAACGGCAUUCACCAGUGGGCUGUCGCUGCAUCUGAUCUAAGAGAAUUCUCCAAGCUGGCGAACGCAUCGCAAGUCCUCUACGGCCCCUUGAUCUAUAUCACUAAGCUAUCCAUCCUACUCUUAUAUAUCCGCCUCUUCGCGCCGUCGACUCGCAACACGCCUUUCUGGCUCAUCCAAACCCUCAUCUGGAUGAAUUUCCUCUUCUAUUUCGCCGACACCAUCGUCAAGAUCUGCGAAUGCAAACCUCGCUCCAAGAUCUGGGACCAAGACAUCCCCGGGCAGUGUAUCAACAUCAACAUCCCAAUUCUGGUCACGUCCAUCGUGAACGUUGUUUCGGACUUUCUCAUGCUCCUGCUUCCAAUUGCCUGUGUCUGGCGCUUACAGAUGACAUGGUGGAAGAAGAUGGGCCUGUCGGCUGUAUUUGCAGCCGGCAUCUUUGCUUGCAUCUGCAGCGUGAUGCGUCUCGUCGUCAGUGUCCGAAACCGCACCACAAGGGACAGAACGCAUGACUGGUUUCCGGAGUUCCUAUGGACCACCGCCGAAAUCACCUCGGGGAUCGUCGCUAGUUGUCUGCCCGCGCUGCCGAGUUUCUUCAAACAUUCGUCCCAGAAAGCCAAGGCUUGGGUAUCGAGUAUCGGGACGGGGAGCGCUUCAAUCCAGAUGAAGGGACCCCUUGCCGCCAGUAACCCGGCAAUGCGGGUUAUUCCGCAGCGGCUCUGGAGAUCUGGACAAGACUGCACGGGCACGGAGUCGACGGCGGAUAGCUACUGGGAGAUGAGGGAUGUUGGGGCUUAUCGAGGGAUUUGCUAUACCACGACGGAUGCCACCGCCAAUCGGGGCGUACCAGAGGGAAUCAAUGUGGAUGUCCCCAAUUCGAGAAGUGAGGAAGAGCAAAGGCCCAGAGCCGGGAUCUUGAAGAUCGUCGAGGUAGAUAUUGAGACUGGGCCUGAGAUGGAGCGAUGA